AUGCGCUCAGGUUCUGGCGGUGAGACUUGGCAGUCCACCGCCGAGGUGCCGAAGAAUGAGCGGGUGGCCGAGGGAGGCCCGACCCGCGAGCCGCUGCCACUGCUGGAGGUGACCCCUCUCAAGAGGCUGCCCCCGGGACCAGACCAGGACCCAUGCGGCCGCCCUGCGCCAGAGGGCGCUGGGGCCAGCGCCGAGCAGGGCCACUCGGCGGGCGGAGGUGGCUGGUGCCGCCACUGCCACACGAAGCUCGCAGAGCUCAAGCGACAGGCGUGGAAACUGGUCAGUGGGCCCGGGACACAACUCCGGGACCCCGGCCUCCCUGCUCUGCCUGUGGAGAAGCUCCCGGUGCCCGGGACCCUGUCAGCAUGCUGCCCUGAGGCCGAGCGACACUGCGACGUCUGCGCCACCCACCUGAGCCAGCUCACUCGGGAGGCCCUGCAGCUGUUCCAGGCGCCCACUCGCCGGGAGGACCCCCAUGCCCCCCGAGGAGGCCCAGGCACCAUGACCACCUCGAGGGAAGGACCGGGCCCAGCAGCGAGGCCAGCAGGCCAGGCCGGGCCGGACAGGAGGAAGGGGCCCAUCUGGCCUCCUGGGCCCAGCGUUCAAGUGUCCGUGUCUCCGGCCGGGCUUGGGGGCACCCUGAGCACUGUUACCAUCCAGACCCCGCCCUGCUUGGAGGGCAUGUGGGGCAUCUCUGGAGUGAACCGCCUUCUCCCGCCCACUUGCCUGGCUGAGGCGGCGGUGGCGGCAGUGGCGGUGGCUGAGACCGUCCGAGACGCCCCCCCUGCAGUGGGCCCCGACAGCGUGUCCCAGACGUGGGGCCUUGGUGGGACCUGCACCACGGCCCUGGUCACCCCAGCCCCCACGGUGGCAGGCUCUGGGGGCACCUCGGCCGCAGCCUCCUUCUUCAUCAGGGCCGCACAGAAGCUCAGCCUAGCCUCCAAGCGCAAGAAGCCCCAGCCACCCCCGCCAGCCCCAGCCACCCGUGCUGCCUCCACAUACCCCACGGACUUCAGCGGCGUCCUGCAGCUGUGGCCGCCCCCCAUGCCCCCCUGCCUGCUCAGAGCUGCCAAGGCCAAGGAUACCCCCUGCAGCGCCAUGGGCAAGGUGAAGGUAAUGCUGCGAGUCUGGCCCUCACAGGGCGCCCAGCGCUCUGCAGAGUCCACGGCCUUCCUGAAGGUGGACCCGAGGAAGAAGCAAGUGACCUUGUAUGAUACAGCCGCCGGACCUUCGGGCAGUGCGGGACCCUGGCGCACAGCUCCUGCCGCGGUGCCACGGAUGUUCGCCUUUGAUGCCGUCUUUCCCCAGGACGCUGAGCAGGCGGAGGUCUGCUCCGGGACUGUGGCCGACGUGCUGCAAGCUGUGGUCAGCGGGACCGACGGCUGCAUUUUCUCCUUUGGCCACACAAGCCUUGGUCAGUCGUAUACCAUGAUCGGGAGGGACAGCUCGCCACAGAGCCUGGGCGUCGCGCCCUGUGCCAUCUCCUGGCUCUUCAAGCUGAUCCACGAACGCAAGGAGCGCACGGGUACGCGCUUCUCGGUGCGCGUCUCAGCCGUGGAGGUGUGCGGCCGCGACCAGAGCCUGCGCGACCUGCUGGCCGACCUGGCGUCGGGCAGUCUCCAGGACACACAGUCCCCUGGCGUGUACCUGCGGGAGGACCCUGUAUGCGGGGCGCAGCUCCAGAACCAGAGUGAGCUGCGGGCGCCCAACGCAGAAAGGGCAGCCUUCUACCUGGACGCAGCCCUGGCUGCACGCAGUUUCAGUCGCCUGGCCUGUGGCGAGGAGGCGCGGGGUAGCUCCCACCUGCUGUUCACACUGCACGUCUACCAGUACUGCAUGCAGAAAUUCGGCCACGGUGGGAUGUCUGGGGGCCGGAGCCGCCUGCACCUCAUCGACCUGGGCAGCUGUGAGGCAGUGACUUCCAGCCAGGGUGGGGAUGCCACUGGGGGCCCCCUGUGUCUGUCCCUGCCCGCCCUGGGCAGUGUCAUCUUGGCCCUGGUCAAUGGAGCCAAGCACGUGCCCUACAGGGACCACAGGCUGACCAUGCUGCUCCGAGAGUCCUUGACCACCACCUGCCGGGCCACCAUGAUCGCGCACGUGUCUGACUCUCCAUCCCACCAUGCCGAGACGCUCAGCACCCUGCAGCUGGCUGCGCGCAUUCUGCGCCUGCGCAGGAAGAAGACCAAGUACGCGUCCAGCUCAUCAGGCGGUGAGAGCUCCUGCGAGGAGGGCCGCUGCCGCCGCCCUCCUGCCCUGCGCCCCUGCCUCCCGCGCACUGCGGCCCCGGACCCCGAGCACCGGGCACCCGGAGAGCCCGACUACUCGUCCAGCAGCGAGCAGUCAUGUGACACCGUCAUCUACGUGGGGCCCGGCGGGGCAGCGCUGUCCGACCGGGAGCUCACGGACAACGAAGGACCCCCGGACUGUGUGCCCAUCAUCCCUUCGCUGGGCCGCCGCCGACCUUCAGAGGGGCCCUGGGACGCCGACUCAGACCACUUCCGCUGUAGCACCUUCGCGGAGCUGCAGGAGCGGCUGGAGUUCAUUGACGGCAGUGAGGGGCCCCCGCCGCCCCCUGCCAGCCCUGCUCGCACUGCCAGGAAGGCCCCGCCUUUGGAGACCCCGUCCCCCAGGAAGGCCCCGAAGGCCCCGCCUUUGGAGACCCCGUCCCCCAGGAAGGCCCCGCCCCCUGAAACAGCGUCCCCCAAGAAGGCUGCCGGCCCCCAGGGAGACCAGAGAAAGGACAGUGGCCUCAGGCCUGAGUUGCCCAGCCCAGAGCCCGCUCUAACCCCGUGGCCAGAGGAGCCUGGGGGAGGGGACCCCGGAGGGGGGGGCGCUGUGAGGACCCCUCCUGCGGGCUGCCCCCCUCUGUCGGCUCGAAGCCGCUGCCUGGACCGCGGCCUGCUGACCGCCACAGUGACGGUGCAGCAGCCGGUGGAGCUCAACGGCGAGGACGAGCUGGUGUUCACAGUGGUGGAGGAGCUGCCACUGGGCGCCCGGCCUGCCAGCCUGGUCAGUUUGGGCAGCGACUGUUCCCUGCAGGCCCUGGCCUCGGGCUCCCGGCCUGUUAGCAUCAUCAGCAGCAUCAACGAUGAGUUCGAUGCAUACACCUCAGCACAAGGAGCCGCUGCCCCCAGCUGGCCCCAGGAGGCCCCGGCCUGGACCUGCGGGGGCCGCCAUGGCUCCGACAGCUCCCGGCUCAGCGAGGCCAGCGUCUGUACCUCAGACAGCCCAGGCCUCUCACCGCAGCCACCCUUCAGGUCCAGCCCGGACUUGCUGGCAGGGCCAGACCCCCAGGCCCCCCACAUUCUGGAAGGCUGCUCAGAGGACACAUCAGACAGCCCAGCCCAGGCCUCCCCAGGGGUUGAGACGGUUUCUGAGACCCCCUCUGGGGCUGGAAGAGAGUCCUGGACUGGGUCCCCAGGGCGGCCACCCCCGGCACACACCAUCCAUUCCAGCCUUCCACGGAAGACCAGGACCACAGCCAUGGGUGGCCAGGGCGCCCCCGGGUCUGAGGGCCUGUCUGAGGACCCUUGGCUGCUCCGGACCUACAAGACCGAUGCUGUUCCUGUGGCCUCUGCCCCAACCCUGCCCUCCCCAUGGCUGCCCCAAGCGCAGGCUCUGCCUCGUGUGCAGAGGGUGGUAGAUGGAUGUGAGGUAGCGGCCAGAGCGGUCCGGAAACCUGAGGCACGCAUCCCGCCACUGCGGCGGGGGGCCACCACGCUGGGUGUGACCACACCCUCCCCGUCCUGUGGUGACAGGCCCGCUGAGGCCACAGCCGCUUUGGGCAGCCUUAAAGCUGCCCCUAGCAAGAGGACCACUCCCCCCAAGGGCACGCCCCUCCCGAGGCCUGGCGGGAUGGGGCCCCCAGCCCCACCAGUGCGCAAGUCCAGCCUGGAGCCAAAGAACAGCCCAGCCCAGGCCCCUGGCCCAGCGGUGGGCAUCUCCAGGACUGCCGUGGCCCCUGCCCUCCGAGGGGAAGAGGAGGUCAGGCCUGGUGGCAGGGGCGACCACCCCGCCCCCCGAGCCACAGCCAGCCUGAAGGUGCGGCCUGGCAAGGUUGAAACCACACACCGGUUGCCCGGGCCUGCAUGGCUGGAGAGGCCCGAGGGCCCGGUUCAAGGCGGCAGCAGGGCCAGGGAGCCUGUGGGGCGGCCGGGCAGGGCCAUGCCCAGGCUGGGGGCAAUGUCUGGGAGUCCCAUGCCAGGCCCCGUUCCCCCCUGCAGGGGCAGCCCAGCCAAGGGUGUCGGAACUUCUAAGCCCCCAGUUGCAGGAGGCAAGGGUCGCAACCUGGCGGCCAGUGGUCGCAGCCUGGCGGCCAGUGGGUCGAGAAUGCUCAGUGCCUCCGUGAGGUCGCUGGCCCCCACAGGGACGAGCAGGCCACCGGGUGGCUCUGUGGUGGGCCCCCGGGCAGCCUCCCGGGGGGCACCCAGUGCCGGAGCCAAGGCCAGCCGGGGCACUGUCAUGGGCACCAAGCAGGCACUGCGGGCUGCCCACAGCUGGGUCCAGGAGCUGGCAGGCGGCGGCGGGGCACCCCUUCCCAGCGGCCCCUCCUGGGGCCUGACCGACUCAGAGGGCAGCCAGGACAGCGGCGUGCAUGGGGGUUUGCCUGGCGCCCCAGCCCUGCCCUCACCCUACAGCAAGGUGACCGCGCCCCGGCGGCCGCAGCGCUACAGCAGCGGGCAGGGCAGCGACAACAGCAGUGUGCUGAGCGGGGACCUGCCCCCCGCCAUGGGACGCACGGCCCUCUUCUAUCACAGCGGGGGCAGCAGCGGCUAUGAGAGCAUGAUCCGAGACAGUGAGGCCACGGGCAGCGCUUCCUCGGCCCCCGACUCCAUGAGCGAGAGCGGGGCUGCCUCCCCGGGCGCCCGCGCCCGCAGCCUCAGGUCCCCCAGGAGGAGGGCUACAGGUCAACAGCGCCGGCGACUGAUUCCCGCGCCACUGCCCGAUGCUGCUGCUCUGGGCCGGAAGCCCAGUGUCUCGGGGCAGUGGGUGGACCUGCCGCCGCCCCUGGCUGGCCCUCGGAAAGAACCUUUUGAGAUCAAGGUGUAUGAGAUCGACGACGUUCAGCGAUUGCAGCGGCACCGGGCAGCCUCUCGAGAGGACCCCUCUGAGGCCUCUCUGGAUCUGGAGAAGGGCCCGGCCAGCAUGGGCACCCGGCUGCGGCUAUCGGAACGCAGGCUGCAGAGGCUGCGGGAGGUGCGGGCACGGCGUGAAUGGUUGUGCCAGGAGCUGGCGGAGACACAGGGCAGGCUGAUGGUGGAGCGGGGCCGCUGGCUGGAGCAGUUUGAGGUGGCCCCGGAGCUGGAACCCGAGUCGGCUGAGUACCUGAUGGCCCUGGAGCAUGCCACGGCUGCCCUGGAGCAGUGUGUCAACCUGUGCAAGGCCCACGUCAUGAUGGUCACCUGCUUUGACGUCAGCGUCACCGCCCCCGCUGCCACCUCAGGCUCGCAGGAGGUGGACGUCUGAGGCCGGGGCUGCCAGCAGGAGGGGGUGUGCAGGGGUGCGCGAAUGAGAGUGGAGAGGGCCAAGGAUGUGGCAGGGUUGGAGGGAUGAGGAUGCAGGGCCAGGGGCUAGGAGAG